AAAAAGAUUUGCCACUAAAUUUGAAAUCAUCUGUAUUCCGUGGAAGAACCGAGGAGUGUCGACUAGAGAAUCUGAAAUCAUGUCCAGCGUUCCAAUUCCAGAGGAGAUUCUUCAUGAAGUCUUAUUAAGGUUACCACUCGAAUCAGUUUCAAAAUUUAGGUGCGUAUGCAAACAAUGGAACUCUUUACUCUCUAACCCUAGUUUUGUGAAAAACCAUUUUGAUCUUGCUGUUCAAAACGAAAAACCUAAUUUCAUUCUUGUAAUUGAUGUCGAGAAUGGUUAUAAAAUCAUCCGUGUAAAUCAGGAUUCAUUAUUAUCAUGUGAACCUGAUAGUGAUUGUGGAUGUGAGCCUGAUUCUGAAUGUGGAUGUGAAUGUUGUGAUGAGGGUUCUUAUCUGAGGUACCCAUUCCAACAGUUACAAUCACGUGAGGUUACUAUUUUGGGUGUUUGUGAUGGUUUACUUUGUUUACUUACUGGUGGGAUGGAUGAAGAAGAAACCCCAGACAUCAUCUGUUUUUGGAAUCCUAAGACUGAAGAAUAUAAGAAAUUACCUAACCCACCAAGUGAAUUUUCAUGUGGUGUACAGAUUGUAGAAAACAAUUCAGAUUAUGGGUUUUAUUAUGAUUGUAGCAUUGAGGAUUACAAGUUGAUAAAAAUGGUGGCAAUUUCCGGAGAGUCUACUAGGCUUGGAGUUCAAAUAUACAGUUUAAGGUCAAACUCGUGGAAAAACAGUGAGAAAUUCAUACCUUACAAAUCUUCAUCGCUUCAGCGAAGUUCAGGAGUCUUGGUUAACAGAGCUCUUCAUUGGUUACUAAUCACGCCUAGAAAUCGUACUUCUAAUAUUAUAGUUUCUUUUAAUACUUGUGAUGAAGGAUUUGCUGAUUUGGCUCUACCGGAAGCCGUGGAAAAUAAAGAUGUCACGAUUGAACUUGGAAAAUUAGAUGGAUGUCUUUGCUUACUUGUCGGAUCUCUUGGUGAUCGAGCUGAUUUAUGGGUGAUGCAAAAGUAUGGGGUCAAACAAUCGUGGACUAAAAUUUUCACAACUACCAAAGAGUUAAUUGUAGAUAAUAAUAUCAUGAGUAAUGCGAUGCCGAUAUGCAGAUACAAGAGUGGUGAAAUUUUGAUGCCAAAUUUGGAGGGUUUUGUUUUGUACGACCCAAAAUGUGAUAAAGCUAAACUCAUUACGAUUCGUGAUAUUUGUGGAGCGAGUGAAGUCAAUCAAGUUGAAAGUUAUAUUGAGAGCUUGGUUUCACUCAGCUCGUUUACUUAUGUUGGACAGCAUGACAUUAUGGAGGAUAUUUCACAGGAGAACUAAGUGGAAAUCUUCAUUUCUCUGAGACUAUGUUUCGUGUUCUGUUUUUCUCUUUAUUGUGUACUCAACUGGUACUAUUGUACUUGUUCUAGGCUGUAAUUUGCCUACUAGGUGUUUUUUCUUGCUUUAUUAUGGAUUUUGCCUCUGUCAGGAAAAAGAAAAAAAAAAGACUAUGAGAGAGCAAAUGGAGUAUAAAUGAUUGCUGGAAAAUUAGUUAGUCUUAUUUUAGAAGCAAGUUAGAACAUAACGUUGUCAGUCUUGUGAUGGCCAAGAUUGGAGUUAGUUUAUUUCUCUUUUGCAUCCCUUUAAUGUCUCAGUAUAUUGCAAUCUUCUCGCAACUGUAGUUCUGUUUAUUUUGUAAACUUUUGUUUAUUGUUCAAUCUAUAAACAUUCUUUCUUGCUAAGUUAGAACGUUGUCAGACUUGUACCAGUUCUAUAUCUAAAUUAUAGAACUGUAGUUUUUUGUGCUGCUAACUAUUUGUAAAUGCCAUUUAUGUGAAUCAACGGCAUGAUCAGAUUAUAGUCA